CAGAAUAUUCUUUUCCACUGUCGAUCGAGCUAAUUUAUCAUUAAUCGGUAUGACUAAGAAUUAGUAUUAUAAGUAAUUACGAAAUGAGCCCAUAUAUACGGUUUGUUCCAUGAAUUGAAGAAAUAAUUAUGUGAUGAAUGAGUUCAGAUGUGCUCAUGACAUUCUGAUCGAUGAUUUUGUCUGGAUUGAUUUAUUUACAAAUACUGCCAAUCUAUGGUUUUUCUUAAUUGUAAUACGAUACUGAUUACACGCAUACAUUAUGUAUACUAAACGCACUAAAACAUUGUGAUAUCUAUCCUUGAUAAUCCACGAAUGAAAUUUCUAAGAAUUUGUACAACUUUGUAAUUAGCAUAAAAAAUGCCUAUAAAAAACAUAGCUGAUUGGACGCAAAGCGACGUGACAAAGUGGCUCGGCGAAACCGGGCAUGAAAAAUUCAUUGAUUUGUUUCUCGAACAUGAAAUUGAUGGAAAGGUACUGCUGACUCUAAAGGAGGACGAUUUAAAAUCGAAAGGCAUGAAUAUAAAGAAAAUUGGAGAUAUAAAAAGAUUAUAUAUUAGUAUAAAACAGAUACAAAGAGACAACAUGGCAGUAUUAUUUGAGUUGGGAUACGUUGACUUAUUUCCAACAUCAAACUUUUAUAAUCACCAUAAACAGGAAAUACCUAGUAGUACUUUAAACAAUGAAGGUUCUAUGGAACACGAAUUUUAUUCAGCUUCUAUAUCGGAAGACGAUCACGCGUCGCAUUUACCACCUGAAAUUUGGAAAGCUUUUAUUAGUUUGGCGUAUUUGUUUAUCGUUACGUGGAUUACUGCCUUUGUGAUGGUCAUUGUUCACGAUCGAGUGCCUGACAUGAAAAAAUAUCCUCCAUUACCCGACAUAUUUUUAGAUAACGUGCCACAUAUUCCCUGGGCAUUCGAUAUGUGCGAAGUCACGGGAACCAUACUUUUUGCGAUAUGGCUUAUUGUACUGAUUUUUCAUAAAUACAGAUUUAUCUUAUUACGAAGAUUUUUUGCUUUAUCUGGUACAGUCUUCCUACUAAGGUGCGUUACGAUGCUUAUUACUUCCUUAUCAGUACCAGGCGCACAUUUGCAAUGCCAACCGCGAACGGUUCCCGAAGAUUGGACAAGUAGUUCCGCAUACGUCGAGCUGUACAAUAAAAUUGCUAUGGCUUAUGUUAUAUGGCGUGGUGCUGGUAUGUCUAUUCAAGGAGUUAGAACCUGUGGCGAUUACAUGUUCAGUGGCCAUACUGUUGCACUCACUAUGUUAAAUUUUUUCAUUACAGAAUAUACUCCAACACCAUUGUACUUUUUACAUACUUUUACUUGGAUGCUCAAUAUGUUUGGUAUAUUUUUUAUCUUAGCAGCACACGAGCAUUAUUCCAUCGACGUUUUUGUAGCCUUUUAUAUAACUUCCCGAUUAUUUCUAUAUUAUCAUACAUUAGCGAAUAAUCAAGCAUUGAUGCAGCGUGACUCGAACAGAACCAGAAUUUGGUUUCCAUUAUUUAGUUUCUUUGAAUCUUCCGUAGACGGGAUUGUUCCAAACGAGUAUGAAUCACCGUCAUUGAUCAUUUACAAUCUAGUGUGUACAGGGAAAGAUAUUUGGGAUUUGGUUCGAUCUUCGAUUUGCUUGAAAAAAUCGUGGCGUAAUGUACGCAGUAGUGUUAAAAAUAAUACAAAGAAAGAACAUUAACCAAUUUAUCGAUUGUAUCGGUUUAUAUUUAUUUGAAAAUAGAAUUUGAAAUAUUAACUUUAUUUGAUAAUUCUCUUUACACGUGAAAUAAAAAGAAAGAAAGUGAAAAUAAAUUAACUGUAAGUAUUUAUUUUUCUAAGUUACAUAAAUAGUUAUUAAAAUUACCUGGCUGUUACUAAAAUAAAUUUAUAUGGUUCGUCUAGAUUUUUCUACUGCUUACCGUACGGUCAUUCGUAAUAUAACAGUUAAAUCGAACUAUAUUGUGGCCUUCCAAAGUAAGUUCUAGCUGAUAAAGUGUUAUGUUUCUCUGGUCCUUAAUUAAUAUAGUUUGUCGUAAUUUUAAUUUCGUAUUUUUAUCAUUUCAUUUUGUUUGAAAUUCUUUCCAUUCGAAUAGGCAUAAUGUUACAUAAAAUUCGCAUUAAGACAUUGAAAAACUUAAAUUUUGUAAAGAACAAAGAUUUAACGUGAAAUAAGUGUGAUAAUUUUAUCAAGGUGAUAGCCAUGUUUGUAUCUGCCACAAUGUUAUAGUAUUAUACUUCUGUUGGUUAAAUGGGUACAAGUUUAGAGAUACAUUUCAAGUGUUGCGCUUAUUAAAGUUAUAUGUUGACGAACGUUAUAACGUUAGAUUUUCUAGAUGAACUUUGAAAAUAAUGUAAAUGAUGAUUUGAUGAAAAUAUCAAUACACCAUCUUAUUUUAUAACUUUUGAUAUCGGGUCUUGAUGGAAACAGAUGAAUGGAAUAGUUGCGAUGUUGUGUAAAAAUAUAAAUAGCUUUUCCACCUUUAAUUCGUAUACAUAUUUUUUACUGAAAUGAAGAUACGAGCUAAAGGAUUUCAUUCUUGGAUCUAGCAACCAAUCUAGCAAAUUAUUCAGGUCUGAUCCUUGUCGUUCGUCUCUAUGUGCUAAAAAGAUUCUGAGUGAAGUAGUAAGGUGUAACUAUACACGGACAAAAAAAAAUCUAGUGAUUACAUAACGGCCAUGAUCAGACUAAUCAUUGAAUACUUGUAAACAAAUAGAGUGUAUGUACACGUGAAUGCGUAUGUAUGGAUAUGUUGUAUGUUGCAUAUAUGUAUAUGCAAUUCAUGUACAUUUUUCAUACAACUUAAACAAGAAUAGAAGAUUAACAUUUAACUUUGUAUGAGAAUUACUAAUCAAUAAGAGGCUACUUCUGAGAUAAUUCAUUAUAUUUAUAUUUGUUACAAAUAGAUUUCUGGUUAGAGUUUAUUAUUAUUUUAACUGGAGGCUCGUAAAUAUUAUAUUAUUAAAAACUAAUUAAUAGGGGGAUAGUAAUAAAAUGAAGGAACUAAUUUGUCAUUCUAUGUAUCGAUCCAAUGACAUUCUAUACCAGAUGAAUAAGAUUGCUCUUCGAUAUUUUCUUACUUUAAAUAUUUUUCAUAUUUCUUUAUAAAUAGGCGCACAAUUCGAUAGAUUUAAAACGUUAUUACGUAAUUUAUUACGCAUGUUUACUAGAUAACAAUUUUGUAAAUAGAACGUCUGUAUUAUCAUUAGAAUUAGUGUAAAAAGGUGCUGAGUUGGGACAAAUAAUUUCUAUCAUAUACGGGGUGUUCAGCCACCCUUGGGAGAAAUUUUAAUGGGGUGUUUUAAAGACCAAAAUAAGAUGAAAAUCCACAAAUUGGUAUUCUUGAUUUUCGUCUUACUUUGGCCACCAGAAUCCCCCAUUAAAAUUUUUCCCAGGUGUGGCCGGACACCCUGUAUAUUCUUUUAAGGAUGUCUAAUGUCAACAUGACCGAUAUUGUCUAUUGUAAUAUGCACAAGUCUCGAUUUCAACCGAUAAACAUUUUCUGGAUACGAAGUACACUAAUGGACAAUAAAUUGUUUGUAAUAAUUGCUGCGAUAAAUCUGCGCUUCUUUCAAAAAUAGUACCGUCUACGCAAAGUGUACCGUAUCUAAAAUUAAACCGCCGGUUCCGUAGACUGUUUGUGAUUUCAGAGAUGUAAUGUCGGUACUAGCAGCCCGUUGGCUAGUACUACGUUAUUAUUUUACUUGCCGAUACUUUGUUCGAUUCGGAAAUGGAAUGUUAAUAAAAUAAUUUUACGCAACGUGUGGCUUCGUAUUAUCGUUUUUUGAAUCUAAUUCUUAAAAUAGAAGGUAGAUUUGU